GAAUUGGCCCAGUGUCUGGAAUUGUCAAGGCACAAAAAAAUUAUGUAAUGAGAGCUGGUGCAGGCCUCGCACAAUCUGGUGCCGCCAGAUGCUAUGCAGGGUACGUGGGCGCUACAUCCCGUGGACAAGCAAACCAACAAGAUCGGGCCAGGGACCCGUGCGAGGACGGGUCUGAGGAUGUCGAGUCCAUGUGUGUUCCCCUACGAAUUCGUGGUCGGCCGAGCUCCAUCGACUCAUUUCCCGGCCUGAAGCAAGAAACGCGACUCCAACACGCCGAGCAGGAACGGUGUGCAGACUCUGGCAAAGGCGCCUUGGGCACCUGCCUUAGGGUCCUUGAGCAGCUCACGUUUCUGAGUGUUCCCCCGAUCUUGGAGGGGCAGCCAAUUUGGCACGUAUCCGAUCUCAACAAAAAAGGGAAGUUCACUCCAGGUGCUAGAAAGCGCUUCCAUCUCCUUUGCGAAGAACCAGUUCGAGCUUCUAUCGCAGAGCGACAGGACUCGAGCUUCUUCGGGCACGUAGAUGGCAUAAUUACGGAACCACCUCCAAACGGUCUCACAGUCCUAAUAUUCUGCUGGUCCUACAUCCUCUGUGCGUCCCUUAUUGAGCGUCAGGGUUACCGCGUGUAUUACACCAAGCACCUCGUUCAACCGCAGGCGGAGGCAACGUCCUCCGACCUACCAGAAUUUCGUCUUCCGUCUGAUGCUUCUGCCAGCUUGGAAAGGUGGCUGUGUGCCUUACUGGCCCCUAAGAUGGGUGGUGGACAACUUCACAGAAAUGCGGCUUGCCUCCCUGGGCUCUCAUCUGGAAGGACCGCAAGGGCAAAGACCGACAGCAAGCGCAGCAGGUAGACUACUGUUCACAACCCCUGAAGCCGAUCUCGAAGCCCACAACUUGGUGACUGUUCCCGCCCGCAGGCUGACAGGAAUUCAUGAAUCUCUGAGCCAGCCAAUCCUGUUAAAUCUGGACUCAGCGACCUUACUUGCAACUUCGCUUUCAUGCGCCCGUGCAUGAGAAUGCGAGCCAUCAUUCGUGAGAGUGAUCAAAUGUUGUUGCCCAAGCUCAGGGCAGUGCAACUCCGAUUCUCGUGCCGGCAGUUCAGGAACUCGCACAUGCUCGCAUGCACAGCACCGCCCCCCUUUAAUAAUGUACAUGUAGACACAGUGGUACGUGCCCGGGUUUCUAGUUAAGGAUGUUCCAAGACAAGAAGAAUCCUCCACGG